GCGGGGUUUAAGCAACAGCAGAGCAGCAGACCAGCAGCCUCGCCUCGCCGCCACCAAUCACCCGCCGUCCCCUCUCUCCCAUCGGCUGCUUCCGCCGCCGCGUGCGCCACUCCGCUUCUACUCCCGACGUUGCCUCGUCUAUUGGUCGAGUUCGAUCCCCAUUCCUUGCUGGGAUUGGGAACCCGGAGUCCCCAACCCUAGCGAGGCGCGAGGGAACGAGCAAGCGGGUCGACGAUGCCGAGCUUCCCUCCUCCCGGCGCCGUCACUGUCUGCGAGAUCAACCGCGACCUAGUUGCGGCAGAUUCCUUGUCCGACGACCGCGCCAAGGAAGCAUACGGGGAUGUCCUUGGAAUGGUCUUCAGCCCCAUCCCUUUCCAGCCAGACGCUCUUCCCCCCAUCCGCGAGCCCCCUGCUGCUGAGCAAACUGAGUCCAAUGAGAAUGUACCCGCAGCUAGUGUGACUUCCUCCAUAUCAGAGUUCUUCAAACGGAUGAUCUUCCCUCCACAAGAACCAAAUCUGCUACAAAAAUUUGACACCCAGAAAAUAAGUUGGAAUCCGCACAAGCAUUGUCUAGCAUUUGUGUCCGGGAAGAACCAGGUUACAGUACAUGACUUUGAGGAUUCAGAUGCUAAAGAGCCGUGCAUUUUGACAAGUGACCAUGUUAAGGCAAUUGAGUGGAGACCAAAUAGUGGCAAGAUGAUUGCAGUUGCCUGCAAGGGAGGGAUAUGCCUCUGGUCAGCAUCAUAUCCUGGCAAUGCUCCAUUCAUGAAAGCUGGGGUCACCUCUUCUUCCCUUAGUGCCUUCCGUUCUGGUGAUCAGUGGAUACUGGUGGAUGUUCUUCGUGAUUCUUCUGCUGAGCAAGUUAGUGCACUUUGUUGGAAGCCUGAUGGAAGAUACUUGGCAUCUGCCUCCUGCAAUAGUCCAUCUUUUACAAUUUGGGAUGUUUCUCAAGGGUUGGGUACUCCUAUACGGCGUGGAUUAAGUAAUAUAUCACUACUGCGGUGGUCACCUAGUGGAGAUUACCUUCUAGCUGCUAAAUUUGAUGGAACUUUUCACUUCUGGGAGACAAACACAUGGACUUCAGAACCUUGGUCUUCAUCUAAUGGAUAUGUGUCUGGAGCGAAUUGGGAUCCAGAAGGUCGUGUCGCAUUGUUAUCCUUUUCUAACUCGACAACACUUGGCUCAAUUCACUUUUCAUCUAAGCCACCAUCUUUAGAUGCCCAUCUCCUACCGGUUGAACUUCCAGAAAUUUCCUCCCUGAUUGUAAGCCGAGGCAUAGAGAAAUUAGCAUGGGAUGCUUCAGGGGAGCGUCUGGCAUUGUCGUUCAAAGAUGGAAAUGAAAUGUACCGUGGCCUUGUUGCUGUAUAUGACGUGAGGAGAUCUCCACUUGUCUCACUAUCACUAGUUGGAUUCAUUAGAGGACCUGGAGAAGGAGCAAAACCACUUGCUUUUGCUUUUCAUAACAAAUUUAAGCAAGGACCCUUGCUUUCUGUGUGCUGGAGCAGUGGCUGGUGCUGUACAUAUCCACUGAUACUUCAUUCCCAUUAACUACAAUCGACUAGUGUGGCGUCUUGUCAGUUCAGGACUGAAUGUUUUAACUAGUGCUGUCGACCUGGAAGAUUGAAUGUUUCACUUACAGGUGGAAGACAAUGUUUCAAGUACUGUUGAUGUCUUGUAUAGUGCACUGCAGCCUUGCUUUGUUAAGCAGGUGCAGUUUCUAUAUAUGCGCCUAGGAGAAAUGCAAAGCAUGAAUUGCAUCCCGUGGGUGUAACAUUGUAACUUGUGAAAGGGAGUCUAUUAACGGAUUUGUCUCCAGAUGUAUUUGACCUGUAUUACAUUUGAUUUAUGUUGAAUUUACCGGUUUGGUUUUUCAGUA